AUUUUUUAUGUAAGAAUAAUUAACAUAAUUGGACAAAAAAAAAUGGAUAUAACUUUAAAUUCCAAUUCAGAAAAUGACUCCAAAAAUCCAGAUGAUUUAAUUCUUUCGAAUGAUCCAUUACACCCCGCAAUUCUUAUCCCUGAAUUAUGUAAAUUAUUUUAUCAUUUAGGUUGGGUUACUGGGACUGGAGGUGGAAUUUCUAUUCGAAAAGAUGAAUUGGUAUAUAUUGCUCCAUCAGGAGUUUCAAAAGAACGUAUGAAACCACAAGAUAUGUUUGUAUUGCAUCUUUCAACACGUAAAAUCUUACGCGCACCUCCGGUUUAUCGACCAUCAGCUUGUACACCAUUAUUUUAUAACGCGUACACAAUGCGUAAUGCUGGUGCAUGUGUUCAUACUCAUUCACAAAAUGCUCUAAUGGUAACUUUAGUUUAUCCUGGAGAUGAAUUUAUUAUUACACAUCAAGAAAUGAUUAAAGGGAUUAGACGAGGAAGCACAAAAGAAAAUUUAAAAUAUAAUGACAUGUGCAUAGUACCAAUUGUUGAGAAUACUCCGGAAGAAGUAGAUUUAACUGAUAGAAUGGCAAAGGCUAUGGAAAAAUAUCCUGAAACUAAUGCUGUUCUCGUAAGACGUCAUGGUGUUUAUGUAUGGGGAGAAUCUUGGGAAAAAGCAAAGACUAUGACAGAAUGUUAUGAUUAUUUGUUUGAAAUUGCAUUAAAGAUGAAAAGUAUUGGAUUGGACCCAAAGAAAAUACCCGAUUAAAAGUGGUGAAGUAUCACUUUUUAAGUACAAGACUUGAAGAAUAUAAUCUUUAAAAAAAAUAUAUAUAGUAAAUUAAAAUUAUAAUCUUAAAAAAAAAAUACAGUAUAUAUUAAUAUAAUAUUAACAUUGACAUUGAAAUUGAAAUG